AGGAGAAUGCCCCAAGAUCAACAGGAGCACUGGCAUCACAUUCAGCGAAAGAUUGCCCGCCAUGUUGUGGCUGGACAGAGGUUCUGUAGGAAUAUCCCAGGAUACUUCAAGCUGGAUAUCCAAGAUCGGAUCUCUCUGGGCAAAAAUGUUGGAUUUGGUCUGAUGGUGCUGAUAGCCUGCACUGAGUUCUAUGAUCCUGAAUUUAAAAGAUUCAAGCACAUCUGGAACUGGACAAUGCCAAUGCAGAAUCCGUUAUUCUCAUACAAACUUCAUCUCUUGUCGUUGGGUGACAAGAUGCAUGAGAUACAAGUAGACAGGACUGAGGCAUCCAUGAUGUGUGCUAUCAGCAUGACUAGCAUAGACUGCCCUGGACUUCUAAAACCUAAGAUUGUAUGUGAUAUAAGGGAUGCCUUAAUUGUUGCACUGCAGGCUCAUAUUUCAA